AUGAAAAUAGGAUAUAAUGAAAUAAUGAUUGCAUCAAUGUAUUUUGAUGAUAUUAAAGAUUUUAUUAAUUUAGAAAUAGGAAUUAAAAGAUUUCAAGGAAAUAUGGAACGAUUUCAUUUUAAUCCAAUUCCUUUAAAUAAUUAUUCAAGAAAAUUGUUUCCUAAUAUUGAAACAUUUCAUAUUUAUAAUGAAAAUGAUGAAAUAUUUCAUGAUGGAAGAAUAUUUAAAAAAAUAAUAUGGUAUAAAGUAAGUUAUUCAAAAUAUUUACAAGAAAAAGAACAAGGAAUAUGUAAAAAUAUAGAAUAUACAAAAGAAGAUAGAUGGAAAUAUGGAAAUACAAUACCAUCAGAAGUUAAAUCACUUGGAGAUGAAUGUUUUUAUAAUGGUUAUGAAUUAACAACAAUGAAUAUACCAUCUUCAAUUAUUGAAAUAGGAUAUGAAUGUUUUUAUUAUUGUACAUCAUUAACAACAAUUAAUAUACCAUCAUCAAUUAUUAAAAUAGGAAAUGAAUCUUUUAAAGAGUGCAAGUCAUUAACAUCGAUGAAUAUAGAAAAUCUACAAUUUAUUAGUGAAGAAAGAAUAUUUAUGAAUGAACCAGUGUUAAUUAGUUGUGAAAUACCACAUAAUCUACAAAUAAUCAAUGGAAAGAAUAUUGAAAAGAAAGAUAUUAAUGAAUUUAUUAUUCCAUCUUCAAUUACUAAAUUAGGUGAUCAUUGUUUUUCCAGAUGUUCAUCAUUAAAAUCAAUUAAUAUACCAUCAAGUGUUAGUAAAUUAAGAGAUUGGUGUUUUUCUGGAUGUUAUUCAUCAACAUCUAUUAAUAUUCCAACAUCAAUUAAUAAAAUAGAAGGUUAUUGUUUUACUGUAUGUACAUCAUUAAAAUCAAUUAAUAUACCUUCAUCAAUUACUUCAUUUGGAAAAUCUUGUUUUUAUAAAUGUGGAUGUGAAGAUGAAUUAAAGAAAAAUAAAAGAAUACCAAAAUAUUGUUUUGAAUAG